GAGACCUGGGCGGAUGCGCUCUGCGUGGAUGAGCGCAGCGGCGCAAACCACCUUGUGAAGGUCUACCGACGCAUCGUGACGUUCGCCGAAUCAGCGCUCUCGGCCGCCAAAGCAGACAUGGAGGAGGUGGACGACCCUUGGGCGCGAAUAUCUACAUAG